AUGGCGGAUGAACUAGAGGAAGUGUUAAAAAAAUUUGCCUUGUCUAGUUUAGAACAGAAUGGUAAGUGGUUAGAGCUGGAUGAUGUUGAUUUAGGAGUUUCUGAGUGUUUCAAUAGUAUCAUCGGGAAGAUAAGAGGAGAAACAAUGGCUAAUUUGACUGGGGUUAAGAACCUCGUCACAGCAGCUUGGGGGUACCCUAAAGAACUAUCAAUGACAGAGUUGGGGCCAAAUCUAUUCCAGUUCUUUAUCCCUAAGCAGAAUGACAGGUUAAGAAUCCUCAAUGGAGGACCUUGGGUGAUUGAUAACCAAAAACUAGUGCUCAGUAGUUGGGAGGUAGGAAUUGAAGAAAGUACGGAAGCCUUUAAAUUUGCUCCACUAUGGGUACAAGUGUGGAAUCUCCCAAUUCACUGGAUUUCUAAGGAAGUUGAAAGGAAAAUGGGGAUGGUAUUCAAGGAAGUUAAAGAGGUGUUGAUCUCUCACUCAGGAGGAAAGAAAGGGAAACAUAUCAAGCUUCUGGUAAAAGCUGACAUGACCCAACCAUUGUUAAGAGGUACUACAGUUAAGAUGAAUGGAGUAUUGAAAUGGGUAAGCUUCAGAUACAAGAGAGUCCCUGAAUUUUGCUACAAAUGUAGAAUAAUUGGUCACAGUGAAAAGAAAUGCAAGAAUAAUAUAAUUAUCAGCAAAGGACAAAAGGAAAAUCAGUAUAGCCCCUAG